GAGAGAGAGAGAGAGAGAGAGAGAGAGAGAGAGAGGAGAUGCUUUAAACAGACAGUGGAGUUGAAGUGAAGGUUGAGUGAGUGGUAUAUAGAUAUUGACACUAGUAAUACCAGAAGAAGCAAACCAUUUUUAAGUUGAGAUAUAUAUAUAUUUGUAGCAAACUCAAAGCUAGAACUAGAAGUAAUACAGUGGUUGUUAUUCGAUGGCGCUUGUAAUGGAGAGAUGUGAAGAGAUGGUGUUUUCUGUUGAGUCACAAAAGGCAGUUCCUGCACCUUUCUUAACAAAAACAUAUCAACUUGUUGAUGAUCCUCUCACUGAUCAUAUUGUCUCUUGGGGUGAUGAUCAAACUACCUUUGUUGUUUGGAGACCUCCUGAAUUUGCUAGGGAUCUUCUCCCUAAUUACUUCAAGCACAACAACUUCUCAAGCUUUGUUAGGCAGCUAAAUACCUAUGGAUUCAAGAAAGUAGUAGCAGAUAGAUGGGAGUUUGCAAACGAGUACUUUAGAAAAGGGGCAAAACACUUGUUAUCAGAGAUCCACAGGAGAAAAACACCACAGCAUCAACACUUCCAUGAUCACCAACCAUCUUCACUACUACCUCAAAUUCUCCAACCAGAAGAAAGUUUUGGUUGGAUUGAUCAUAAUCCAUUUCCAUGUCCAAAACCCUCCACCGAUAUCUUAACAGCACUCUCGGAGGACAACCAGAGACUGAGAAGGAAAAACUACAUGCUAUUAUCAGAACUUUCACACAUGAAAAGCCUCUACAAUGAUAUCAUAUACUUCAUUCAAAACCAUGUAAAACCUGUUGCAAUGCCUCAUAAUACUAGUAAUGCAAGUAGUAUGACUAACAGCAAGAUUAUAGAAUUGGGUUCUUCAUGUCAAGAUCAAAGUGCUAAAAAUGUUGGUCUGACGCUGGGCAAGUCUUCACUGACUUUAACUGAGGAAUCAAAUAAUAAUCAUAGUCAAGUGAAGCUUUUUGGAGUUGCUCUUAGUGGGAAGAAGAGGUUGCAUCCAGAAGUGAUGGAUCAACAAGAAUUAUAGUGCAUGUGUGUGGGGUCUCUCUCUCUCUCUCUCUCUUUUGAUUAGCUUCCAUUGUAGGCUCCAGUUGUUUUUUAAAAUCUCUCUUUUUGGUAGGAUUUUUAUCAGAUAAAAAGAAAAGCUUAUGUAAAUAUGUGGCUGAAGUACAGUUGGAGCCAAUUAUCUAGUUCAUGAUUAUUAGAAUCAAAACUUGGGUAUAUAUAUAAAUAUGCCUCUAUUGAUAUUC